AUGCUUCGCUGCACGCUUCGUGAAGGUAGAUUUCAAAGUGCUCUCUUGAAUCAGCGUCGUAAUCUAUUUGGCUUGGGCGAAAUCCUCGGCGUCAUCAGUCAACCGGCAGAGACCAUCAAACAGCUCAAUGAGUCCAAAGAUCUGCUGCAAAAGGCUCGCGAUGACCUCAAAAUAAGGCAGGAAGCGAAGCAGAUACCUCGAAAGCACACGUUCUCCAGGCUUCCAGGCUUUCAUGGACGCGAGCGAGAGCAACAAUUAUUGAAGCGCAUCCUUGCAGGCAAUCCAGCCUUUAGCGUCAUUUUUGGCGCAACGUCAGUUGGAAAGACUGCCCUACUCAGACAAGUGCUCGCCAGUGAAGCAUACCACGUUCUCAACUUUGAUCUCCGUAUAUCUGGCUUUGCUGAUUUGCGCUCAUUGUACUUUACGCUCUGUCAACAAUUUCAGCAAUUCUUUGAAGGCAUCAAUCACAAAGAUGUGCAGAAGAACGGGCUCGUCUUCAAGCACAUGGUGCUUGAGCUUGAGGAAAAGGAGUCCAAUAACGAUUAUCGCGUAACUGUGGCAGAUAUUGCCAGUUUGAUGGAGUCUCUGCAGUCCGGCAUGCUCUCAUACUGGCAGAUUUCCACUAAGCCUGUGGUUGAAGACGAUGAUGAGGGAUCGGGAAAGGUUGACGUAUCAAAGUUGACUUCGAGUAAAGCACGUAUGGCAGAUGCCUAUCAACCUGCUCGACCUUACGCAGAGACGCAAGAAGGAUCAGAAGAGCCCUUUGUCAAGCGGCCACUAGUCUUCUUCAUGGAUGAAGCACACAAGUUACCAGCCCUCAUCAACGACGAACUUGCGCUGAAGGUCUUUCUCGAUACGCUGAUUGUGCUGACGAAACAAGACCGUCUGUGCUUCUGCAUCUUCUCCACGAGCGAUUCAUUCUUCCAGCACUUUUUGCGUCGCCUCAAUGUUGGACAACAUUGCGCCGUCUAUACCAUUGCAGAUCCGUCACGUCAAGAUGCCUACGACUUUUUCAUGGAUGAGCUGAUUAUACGUUACCCUGCAGACUUGCGACCUCUGGUCGAUUUUGACGAAAUCUACAGCAUGUUUGGCGGCAAACUCUCGCAUAUCUCCGAUUACGUGGAUGCAUAUGUCAAUGCUGAUGGCAAUCUGUCGCCCUUGACAUCUGCCAUUUUUGUGCAAGCAUACACGUUGCUUCAAUUCCAUCUGACACACAAUCGGUUUGAGACGUUUUCGCCCAUGACGGCUGUAACGGUGGAAGCAGAUCAAGGAGCAGGCAGUCAGACAUUCACGCGCGAGCAUCUUAUCAGUGUCAUGCGAAGGCUUGCCACAUCACCAUUCUCGCUACCAUACUUUGGCUUGUGCCAGGAAUUGGGAACAUCUUGUGUUGAUGGACUUGUGCAAGCAAGGAUACUAGAGUUGCGUUGGACCAAGGCUGUGUCGCCGGAGAACGACUGGGUUGAACGUAAAUGGUCAAAAGAUGGCAUUGAACGACCAAUACUGCUACCUAUGACUCCUGUGCUUCGAAAAGCUAUGGCCGUCAUUCUGGAAGAGCUCGACACAGGUACUGCAGGCUGA